UACUCGUAGUCUAACUAAUUGGGGACACUAUUUACAUAUUAAAAUAUACCUUAGCUACAUAAAGAUAAAAUUAUUUACAAUUUAAUUCGAAACAAAGACCCUUAAUAGAUGAAAGAUAAAACCCUUAAUAGAAGAUAACAGACGGAUUUCCGGGGCGCUAUAUGAACUUGAAGGUAAAUUUCACGUUUUCCCACUUUUAUCACUCUAGUGGGAGGCAGCGUGGCCGAGUGGUUAAUGCGCAGGAUUUCAAAUCCGGAGGUUGCCGGUUCAAGUCCUGCUCUGACCACUAAGUUUAAGUUGUUUCUCGGUAGACCCUAGUUCAACUCCUCGGUCGUGCUUGUAAAUAGCCAACUGGUCUGCCUCCUGCCAGUUGGGAUUUUUAAGCCAAUAAUGUCGAUAUAUUUGUUUCUUUCAGUUUAAGUAGCAUGCCUGUGAUCUAGCUAGGUAUAGCUAAGCACAUUGACCACCAUAAACAACAACAUUUGAACAUUUUUUAUUCCUGGAAAAAAAUAUUUGAAGUAAUCCACAUUCUCUUAUGCUCUUUUCCUACCUUUUCUCUAAAACUUCUUUGUAACUACUUUUCAGGGAGAUGGUGAGUUUUAAUUUCAAUUUUGUUCACGCUUACGAAUCAUAAGACAUUUUAAUAAAAUCUGCAGACAUUUUAAUAAAAUUUUAAUAGACGUGAUUCUAUCUUAGAUUUAGCCAAUAUUAUUUGUAGAACGUAACUGGUUCGCAGCUUGCAACUCAGCAAGUUCAACUUGUGACGUCUUUGUAUCGCAAAUUUUCCGUUACGCCAUUUCGUAUGCAUCUCAGUGCACGUGUAACGCCUCUUGAUGACGCAUAAUACAGUCGUUGCAACGUUGCCGCUGGCCUCAGAGUCCUUGGACCGUCUGAUCUGAGAAUCAGACAACGUUGUCACAAUCAUCGCAAAAAGUCGAACACUACGUGCAUCGCUUGCCUCAAUAAAACCGUUGCGAGACUCUUUUUUGCCUGCGACAAGGAUUGCCUAGUGACGUGUAACAGCGCUGGAACCGCGACAGCGUUUUGCAAGGCACGUUACAGGGACCUAAAUUGGAGGGAAGAGGAGGGGGACAAAAGGCGCACAAUUUCUUCUGCAUAUUCUGUGUCGUUAAUGGAAUUGCGAGUUCCCCACUUCAUCCUUUUUCGCGGAACCAAAGUUUUUUUUCAGAAAUGUUUGUCCUGAGUUUUAAUGAUUUCAUAUUUGUGUCUUAAUUGCCAUUUUGAGUUCACUUGACUGUGAGAACCAAGUACAAUCUCAAAAAAUCAAAACGAGGCUAUCAUUCAUUCAUUUGAAGUUUAGGCCCACGUGACUGUCAGUGAUCUAAAAUCUUGACAGAUCAAAACAAAGUUUUUUCGGGCAUUUUCUCGUUUGUUUCUUAUUUCUUGGGCUUCUGUCUAUUGCUUCCCAUGAUUGGAAGGACAAUGGAACUCGCCUUGCUCCUGGUUCUGGUCAGUGGUAUAUCGUGCAGAGCGCAUGCUCAGCAUCUGAAGCAUUCACAUUUGAAGGAUGUGCACCCAGCUAAGAAGUUCAACAUCGUGGCUCAUUCCAGGAACGAGGACAACAUGGUGGUCGUGUUGAAGGGAAGGGAUGGAUCAAGCGGACAAAACGGUACGCAGGGCGACCCCGGUUUACCAGGUCAGCGUGGCCCACCGGGAGUACCGGGUUCUAAAGGAACACCGGGAGUAUGUACCAAAGAGCAGUGUGAAUCAAAUGAACUAAAACUUCUGAUUCAGCGUUUAAAUGCGCUUGAAAAGUACGUCAAGGACAAGCAGAAUCAAACUGGCGGGGAGCCAUGUAUUAAACCCACACCCCAAGUCACGCCUGGCACUACAAAGAUCUGUCCAACAACACCCACACCUUUAACACCAACCACUCCAACUCAGAAGCCAUAUCCAGCCCUUCCCCAGCCCCCUGCGGUUGCUGCCCCUGUCCCUGCUCCUGCUGUUUCCCCCCAAUCUCCUGCUCCGGCUCCGGCUCCUGCUCCUACUGCUUCCCCCCAAGCUCCUGCUCCUGCCCCUGGUCAAGUUCAAGCCCCAGGCUCUCCUUCACCGGCGUCCGCGCCUGUUCCAGUGAAACCCCAGACUCCUCCUUCCGUCGUUGUACCAGCGAGUCCCGCCCAGGUCCUUUGGGCCAGUCCCGCGCCGUCACAAGUCCCCAUGGCAGUUCCUGUCGGUUUUACUGUCCAGAGCACGGUAGAAGCGCCGGGGACGUUUCCUGGAGGAAAUGGUCAGGUUGAGAUACAGGGAGUUGUUACGCCCCAGGUUUCCGUGCAGGGCUACUCGGCAACUCCUGGAACUGUUCAAGCCGCGCAACCUAGCACUACUUUCAAAAAAAGCAGCAUCUCAUCAAAAGUUGCUACCAAACCCAAACACGGGCACAAGACGUUCAGUCGUCAUACCGCUGACCACCAUAAAACGCAGGCUCAUAAGCUGCCAGGGAAACCCCGUAACCACUGAAAUGACUGCGUAACAUCGAAUGGAAGGAAAGUCAGUUCACUCCACUUAAACAAAAUUCUUGUUAGGAGAGCUUUAGAAAAUGUGCAAAGAACGAUAGAGAGUAUUUUAAAUCAUUUGUACAUUGUUAAUUGUCCUAUAUUUGAAAUGAUUUUCAGCAGAUUAUGAACAAUAACUCAUACAUGAACUAUGUAGCAGGCUAGAAUUCACCAAAACAUUUUUCUAUACUAUGUUGCGAUUGGUUGUGAGGGAUAUCAAGCAAAUUUGCGUGCGUUGUGCCACUAAACAGUAAGAUUUAACUGCAAAACUAACGGAGAAUUUUAUUGGGAAACGGGCAGCGUUUCAGCGUUUCACUGAGAAAUAAUAAUCUUAUUUUUUUCGUAGCAAAUAACAAACAAAUAAACACAUUUAAAAUGCGCA